AUGGGUCGUGAACAAGACUUGAUCCUUGCCGUCAAGAAUGGGGAUGUGACCGGUGUGCAGAAGUUAGUGGCUAAGGUCAAAGCUGCCAAGACUAAACUCCUCGGUUCCACCAAGAGGCUCAACGUCAACUAUCAAGAUGCUGAUGGAUUCUCAGCGCUUCACCAUGCCGCCUUGGGGGGCAGCCUGGAACUCAUCGCCUUGCUGCUGGAGGCUCAGGCCACCGUGGACAUCAAGGACAGCAAUGGCAUGCGCCCACUGCACUACGCGGCCUGGCAGGGCCGGCUGGAGCCCGUGAGGCUGCUGCUUCGGGCCUCGGCGGCCGUCAACGCUGCCUCACUCGAUGGGCAGAUCCCGCUGCACCUGGCCGCUCAGUAUGGACACUACGAAGUGUCAGAGAUGCUCCUGCAACACCAGUCUAACCCGUGCCUGGUCAACAAGGCCAAGAAGACGCCCCUGGACCUGGCCUGUGAGUUUGGGAGGCUCAAGGUGACCCAGCUGCUACUCAACAGCCACUUAUGCGUAGCCCUGCUGGAGGGCGAGGCCAAGGACCCAUGCGACCCCAACUACACCACACCUCUGCACCUGGCUGCCAAGAAUGGCCACCGAGAGGUCAUCAGACAGCUCCUGAGGGCUGGCAUUGAGAUCAAUCGGCAGACCAAGACCGGCACAGCCCUCCACGAAGCAGCGCUGUACGGCAAGACCGAGGUGGUGCGACUCCUCCUGGAGGGCGGGGUGGACGUCAACAUCCGGAACACGUACAACCAGACGGCGCUGGACAUCGUGAACCAGUUCACCACCUCCCAGGCCAGCCGGGAAAUCAAACAGCUCCUGCGGGAGGCCUCUGGGAUCCUGAAAGUACGUGCGCUGAAGGACUUCUGGAACCUGCAUGAUCCCACUGCCCUCAACGUCCGCGCUGGGGACGUGAUUACGGUGCUGGAGCAGCAUCCUGACGGCCGCUGGAAGGGUCACAUCCAUGAGAGCCACAGAGGCACCGACCGUGUGGGCUACUUCCCCCCGGGCAUCGUGGAGGUGGUCAGCAAGCGGGUGGCUGUGCCCGCGCCCCGCCUCCCCUCUGCGCCUGCAGCCCUGCGCCCUAGCUUCUCCAGGACCCCACAGCCCGCUGAUGACCCGCUGCACCCCCUGUCCUGUGGCCAGCUUCCUCGAGUGGGCCUCAGCCCAGACAGCCCAGCAGGUGACAGGAACAGCGUGGGCAGUGAGGGCAGCGUGGGCAGCAUCCGCAGUGCUGGCAGCGGGCAGAGCUCUGAGGGCACCAAUGGCCACAGCGCUGGCCUCCUUAUUGAGAAUGCCCAGCCACUGCCCUCUGCUGGGGAGGACCACGUGCUGCCAAGACUGCACACCCUGCCCUUGGCAGACAACCUGAACCACCACCCUCUGGCCAACUUCCGCUCCGCAGAGCAGACCUUCACCCAGGAUGUGAGACCGGAACAGCUCCUGGAGGGGAAGGAUGCCCAGGCCAUCCACAACUGGUUGAGUGAGUUCCAGCUGGAGGGUUACACGGCCCACUUCCUGCAGGCUGGCUACGACGUGCCCACCAUCAGCCGCAUGACGCCCGAGGACUUGACAGCCAUCGGGGUGACGAAGCCUGGGCACAGGAAGAAGAUAGCCUCUGAGAUUGCCCAGCUCAGCAUUGCCGAGUGGCUGCCCAACUACAUCCCGGCGGACUUGUUGGAGUGGCUGUGUGCUCUGGGGCUGCCCCAGUACCACAAGCAGCUGGUGAGCAGCGGCUACGACUCCAUGGGGCUGGUCGCCGACCUCACCUGGGAGGAGCUGCAGGAGGUCGGCGUCAACAAGCUCGGGCAUCAGAAGAAGCUCAUGCUGGGCGUGAAGCGGCUGGCAGAGCUCCGCCGGGGCCUGCUGCAGGGGGAGACCCCUGGUGAAGGCGGCCGCCGGCUGACGCGGGGACCAGAGCUGAUGGCUAUUGAGGGUCUAGAGAAUGGAGACGGUCCGGCCGCUGCUGGCCCGCGCCUCCUCACCUUCCAGGGCAGCGAGCUGAGUGCAGAGCUGCAGGCUGCCAUGGCGGGUGGCGGGCCUGAACCACUGCCCCUGCCACCAACCCGCUCCCCCAGCCAGGAGAGCAUCGGGGCACGCUCACGGGGCUCUGGUCACUCACAGGAACACCCAGGCCCCCAGCCUGGUGGUGGGGACCCCAAUACCUCACAAGAGAGGAACCUUCCUGAAGGCACAGAGCGGCCCCCUAAGCUCUGUACCCCACUUGCUGGCCAAGCGCCACCCCCAUAUGUCUUUAUGUACCCCCAGGGUUCGCCCUCCAGCCCACCUCCAGGGCCACCUCCUGGGGCACCCCGGGCCUUCUCCUACCUGGCUGGUUCCCCUGCCACACCCCCAGACCCACCCCGGCCCAAGCGCAGGUCUCACAGCCUCAGCCGGCCUGGGCCAACUGAAGGGGAGGCAGAGGGGGAGGCCGAGGGGCCAGCAGGCAGUGCCUUGGGCAGCUAUGCCACCCUCACCCGGCGACCAGGCCGCAGCACCCUUGCCCGGACCACUCCCAGUCCCACCCCGACUCGGGGGGCUCCUCGCAGCCAGUCCUUCGCCCUCCGCGCACGCCGCAAAGGACCCCCGCCCCCACCCCCCAAGCGCCUCAGCUCCGUCUCUGGCCCCACCCCUGAGCCGUCUUCACUGGACGGGAGCCCUGGGCCCAAGGAGGGGGCUGUGGGGCCCCGAAGACGAACUCUGAGUGAACCAGCUGGCCCAGUGGAGCCUCCAAGCCCAGCAGCCCCCGCAGGCCCGGCGUCGGACACGGAGGAGGAGGAUCAGGGGCCUGAGGGGACACCCCCAUCUCGGGGCAGCUCAGGGGAAGGGCUGCCGUUUGCAGAGGAGGGCAACCUGACCAUCAAACAGCGGCCAAAGCCAGCGGGACCCUCAGCCCGGGAGACACCCGUGCCCCCUGGCCUCGAUUUCAACCUCACGGAGUCAGACACUGUUAAGCGGAGGCCCAGGUGCAGGGAAAGAGAGCCACUGCAGACGGCGCUGCUGGCCUUCGGGGUGGUCAGCUCCAGCGAGGCCUCCACCUCAGCGUCACCCUCCUCCACCACAGACCCUAGCACCUGUGCGGCCCCGGGAGCGCCAGCCCCCCGGUCUCCUAGCCCUGUGACCAUGGUCCCCCCAGUACCCUCCUGCCCUGGGCCAGCUCUGGACAAUGUAGUGGGCAGCCUCCGGAAUGGGGAGACGGAGCCCCCAGUUGCCCCUGCAGCCCUCAUCAAAGUGCCCGGAGCAGGAACAGCCCCGAAGCCUGUGUCCGUGGCCUGCACCCAGCUGGCAUUCUCUGGUCCGAAGCUGGCUCCUCGGCUCGGCCCCCGUCCAGUGCCCCCUCCGAGGCCUGAGAGCACUGGGGCAGCAGGCGCAGGCCGGGCCCAGCAGAGGCUGGAGCAGACCAGCUCGUCCCUGGCCGCCGCGCUGAGGGCUGCAGAGAAGAGCAUCGGCGUCGAGGAGCAAGCAGGGCCCCCCGGGCUUUCCACCAGGCACAUCCUGGACGACAUCAGCACCAUGUUCGAUGCCCUGGCCGACCAGCUGGAUGCCAUGCUGGACUGA